AAACGUAAGCACGUCGUACGUUUCUUUGUGACGUAAGACGUAGGACAACGACGUCCAUACGAACAGAAAAUACUACAUACCGACGUCUGAAAUCGACAAAUAUACCUCACACUGGGCUAAUUUUGACAGACAAAGCUCUGCUAAUUGUAUUUUGAACUUGGGGGAAAGAUCUAGAUCUAGUUCAAGAUGUCGUACAUGCUCCCUCAUCUCCACAAUGGCUGGCAGGUUGACCAAGCCAUCCUGUCUGAGGAGGACAGAGUUCUGGUCAUCCGCUUCGGACACGACUGGGACCCAACGUGCAUGAAGAUGGACGAGGUUCUGUACAGCAUCGCCGAAAAGGUGAAGAAUUUUGCUGUUAUUUACUUAGUGGACAUCACGGAAGUCCCUGAUUUCAACAAGAUGUACGAGUUGUAUGACCCCUGUACUGUGAUGUUCUUCUUCAGGAACAAACACAUCAUGAUUGAUUUGGGCACAGGUAACAACAACAAGAUCAACUGGACAAUGGAAGACAAGCAGGAGAUGAUAGACAUUGUUGAGACGGUGUACAGAGGAGCAAGAAAAGGACGAGGUCUGGUGGUGUCACCUAAAGAUUACUCCACCAAAUACAGAUAUUGAUUAUUUUUUUUACUAUUUUCUUUUUAUUGUUUUUGUUUCUCUGAUGGAUUUUGGAACAUACAACAGAGACUACAAAUCACAAAAGUCCGAGACGGCAUCGUUUUCAUCUGCAUAACAUCAUUCUGUUGUGUUUGUGUAACAUUUUAUUUGUUUUUGUCUGUUUUAAACCAGAGACAAUAUUGUUAUUUAAUAAACAAUUUUACAGAA